UAUUAUUUCUUAUUCACCUUCUUCAUCUUCAUAUAUUAGAGUUGUGAACAAAGAGAGGGCGAGAGAGAGAGAGAGAAGGUAGGCAUCAAAUGAGACAGGAAGAGAGAGAGAGAGAGAGAACGGAGGGAGGGAGGGCACAAGACUCACUGAGAGCUGUACGCACGUGAGCCAGCCCACUAGUGUGUGGUGGAUGGUGGUAGUGGGCGGACGGGCUGGCUGGCUGACUGCACUCCCUCCCUCCCGCUGUCAGCCGCUUUUUAGAUAGAACUAAGUGGUAAAAGUGGACGGUUUUUAGACGGAUAUAAAGUGUUGCCAACUAACGGAUAUGGACACACAUCGAGUGGUAACAAUGGACAGUUUAUUAGACAGAUAAAAAAGUGCAACAGUGGACAGUUUAAGACAGAGAAGAAGUGACAGUUGAUACACCUCGUCACCGCCCACUUUUAGACAGUUAUGGUGCCGCUGUCUCUGUGGGCGGCGUGAACCACCCCCAACCCACCACCCAAUGGAGACGGUGUGUGGGCGCGGUGGGGUGAGAAGUGGGCGGGCGGUGGUAGGGUUAGAUGUGGUCAGUCACACCCUCCCUCGUAACUUCCGCACCCCCGCCCACCCUCAACACCCACCACCCUGCUGUCAGCCGCCCACCAGACCACCACACGGCCUUGAUGAACCACCUGACGAAGAUGAAGACGAUGAUGACCCCUCUAGGUGCGCUGAGUGCCACCCUGACCUAUGCCCAGGAGGUGAUGGGGGCUUCAUGCAGUGCCCAGCCAUCACGCCCUACCCGACACACUUGUACCCAACGGUUGUAAGGGGUAGCUGGGGGGGCCCUGGGGUAACUGAUUGUACCAAAUGUCGCCUUCAGGCUUCCUUGCCCCCCUGUGCCUGCCCCGACCCCAGGUGUAUUGGGGCCAACACCUCCUCCUCCUCCGCCCUAGUGUGUGGCUGGGGACCUAGUACUCUGCCCCACCUACACCAGCAGCCAGUCACUACUAAUACCUCUUACCAGGACCUGCAAGUGACUAGGGCGGCCUCAGUGUGUGCGCUGCCCAAACUCUUCAGCGUUGAGGAGCGACUUACUACCGCUCUCGGCCACCCACUGAACACCCAAUCCCACCCACACAAACACCCACCCCCCCACAGCGGCCACCCCACUACCCCACAACACAACCAGACACCACCACAACAACCAUACAACAAGACACAGAGUCACAACCAACUCCCCCACACGAGGGAUGACCACAACGCCCAUCAUCACCAUCAUCACGCCCACGGACAGAGCCUAGGGGUGGCCAUAGGGUCGAGGCUGAGCAGGAGUGUGGAGAGUUUGCCUCGGGACAUCAAGGAACACAUACUCAAGUGCCAGUGUACCUGUGACCACCUGGGCUACGGUAACUUCUCGGCCACCUCACUCCACCACCUGCCAGGGAUGAGUAAUGGGUGUUCCUCCGUCAGCACCAAGACCAGCAGUAGCCACGAGGAGCUCCCACCCAGGAGGUGACGCAACUCAAACACAAACACAGAG